UUACUCAUGUGUUAUGUAUUAUAUGAGUGAGAAACCACAAGUUUAUUUGCUAUCUCCUGUUCUCAUCCAAACCUAUUGUUUUAUCCAGGGUGCGGAAAAGUUUCUAUUAGUCAAGGGGCUGUUCCCAGUGAAAAGGGGAAGACUUAUGAAAAACAGAUGAACUGGUUUAAGUCUGCUGCGGUUCUGCACACAUUUGGUGUAUUGGUGGUUUCUAAGUCCCGUUUUCACAUAUGAGCAAACAUUGUGAUCCAGGAAUGAAAGUAAAGAUGUUACUUCGUCUUAUUUUCCAAGGAUUUCUCCUAUAUGAGACUUUGGCAUGGGAAGUGAGGGUGCCAAAGGAGAUUCAUGGUCUCAAAGGUUCCUGUCUGGUUAUACCAUGUUCUUUCUCCUACACAUCGUAUCCACCCACCAACCCAAACAGAGUUGUGUGGUAUCAGUGGGUCUCUAAAGGCUACCCUUUAGUUUAUGAUCCCGAAUAUCCAUCUGAUGUUAUUGACAAGUUCAAAGGAAAAACUGCUCUAUAUGGCAACUCUUCAAAUAGAGACUGCAGUCUUGUCAUUACACAUCUGGAUCAGUCCCACCAUGGAGAGAAAUUAUAUGCAUGGAUUGACCCAGACAGUGUUGGAUGGCGCACAUAUGCGUUUUAUGAUGUCACAUCCACGAUUCUUGUGGACGCAAGCCCACAGAAGCCCACCAUCAAUGUUCAUGGAGGCGCAAUGACCGGUGACACCAUAACAGUGACAUGUGAAACCUAUCACACCUGUCCGUACAGCAAACCAAACAUCAUUCUGAAGGGAAUAGAAGGAUCUGAUAAAACAGAUCAAACAGAUCAUCCGAAGAUUGGAAAUGGACAAUGGAAAAUCACUCUGACACGCACGGGUGUCGUGAAGGCUGAGCACUCGGAUAUCGAGUGUAUAGUGACACAUUAUGGAGAAAUAAAAGCAAGAGCUACAAAAUCACGAAGUGCAAAAUGUAUCCAUACUAAAAUAGCCAUUGAGCCUGACCGUGCAGAUGUCAUUGAGGGCGUUGCAAAGAAGUUCACAUGUACCAUCGACCAUUCCUGCCUGAAGAAUCCUCCAACCAUAUCAUGGAACUAUAAGAACAUGGAGGUCUCAAACAGUAACAAAAAACUUUCAGAGCUCAAAUCAGCCACCUCUUCCACCAUAACCUUUGUUAGUACAAAAGAAGACCAUGACAAGAUGUUGAAUUGCAGUGCAAACAUUUCGGGGAAAAACAUUGAAUCAUCUAUUACUUUACAUGUACAACAUUCUUCUACAGAGCCUCCAAAACCAACGAAACCUGUCCAGAAUCCAACCCUUUCCCAGGGUGAGGCUGAAGUGAUGACCUUUGACUGGAAGACCACUGGGCUUUACAUCAUAGUCCCCUCAUCAGUUAUCUUGCUUCUCAUGUGCACACUUGCUGGAGUCUGUACAUACAAGAGACGUCACAGAUCUCAGUCAGCGAAAAUCCUGCUCUAUUGGAAAAUAUUAAGAUUAUCACACCAAUAGUGAAGACCCCAACAAGUAUGGCAACAUCUGAUGAAAACGCAUCAUAUUUCUUAAAGGUGCUCAAUACAGGACAAGUUAAAAAACAAAAAAUACAUAUUUUAGUAUAUAAUACAAAAUAAAAAAAUACUGUAAAAACUUUUCCAUGGAUAGUAAAUAUUAGCGUCAAUAUUUUAUUUCAAGCACAUUAUGCUCAUUGCCAUUUUGUAUUUGUAUGGCAUUUUUAGGCUGCAUCUGUCUGGUUUUUAAAUAUGAAUCAAAUCAAUAUUAA